UCAAAAACGGGUCUUUCCCCUCCCAGCAUCCUCGAAAACCGGCACGUCCUCUAAAGUCGGCAGACACGUACAUACAGCAUAACCCUUCUCUAUAAAAACAAACUGAAGGCGUCUCAUGCCAAUCUGAGACUGCCUCCCCUGAAGAUUAAAAAGGAAAUGCAAGCACCCACAAAAGAUUCAGAAUCUUUCGUAGCUUCCAGAUUAUGUAUGUGCUGCUGUCUCAUCAGAAAAAUGAGAAAGCAAAUCUUGAUCAAAAGAAGACCAGUUGCUCUUCUCUGUGCAUCCCACCGGAGUAUCUGGAAGAAGCAAUAUUUGCAGGAGAUAUUUCUUUUGGAAGCUUUUGGGGAGUUGAGGCAGCAUUUGGCCGCGUGAAGGGAGUUGCCAAGACAUCAACUGGUUAUUAUGGAGGCAACCUGAGGAAGCCUACCCACAGAGAAGUGCAAAAUGUCUCUAACGUAAUGACAGGCCACACGGAAGCUGUCAAGGUGGUCUAUGAUAAGCGAAUUGUCUCGUUCACAUCUCUCUGUGAGGUCUUCUGGGACACCCAUGACCCCACAGAUAAGGAAUUUCUGCAAUUUGGCGUGAAAACCCAUCUGAGGUCUACCAUCUUUUACGUGAAUCAAGAGCAGAGGAGGGAAGCCCUGAGAUCGAAGGUCAGACGACAGAUGAAACUCAACAGGAGGAUAGUUACUGUGAUCCUUCCCAGUUACACUUCAGAAUUCUUUCUUGCAGAAAAUUGCCAUCAGAAAUAUUACUUGCAGAAGAACCACAUUUGGCUUUGUGAGUCUCUCAACCUAAGAAGCACAGAACAGUUUGCAGCUUCACAUGCUGCCUGCAAACUCAAUGGGCUCUUGGGCGGUGAAUGCAAUGACAGUAAUAAGAAAAAUAAAGAGGAGCUGAGAAGGUUCAUAGAUGGUAAUGAAUUUUCGAGGAACACGACGGAGAUUUUGGAGGGCAUUCUUCAAAACUGGAGCUGACAGAUAAGUGACCCCUGUAGUGUGAUUUGGACCGUGUCAUGAAUUCAAGUACUUCACGAAUCCACGAUGGUGGUGGCAAGUAACCAUGUCUUCAGAACAAAACCAAAAGCUGACGUUGAAUGAUCUCCAGCAUUGGCUUGUCUUUAUCAAUAGGUGAAAAAUAAUAAAAACGAAGGAUCUCGUAGAUCAAAAUUCCAAUCAGCAGAAGCAGACAAGGCACAUGGUCUCCUGGCAAAUGGAUUUGAUUUCUUAUCCCAAAAAUUCAACUUAAUCCCUGAAGUGAGCCUGCGUAUUCACACUCAGACCCAAUUUACUUGCAAUUUUGUGUGUGGUCGAGAUCGACACGCCUGUAUAUGAUCCUUGAAUCUGCAGAUUAAAUUUGCUUGCAUUUAACGGAUGCUAAUGCAACCUUUUUGCGCCUUUCCCGUCAAUCUGAAAUUAUAUAGU